CCAAGUCCUAUUUGAAGGGACCUCAUCGCAGAGUUGUGCCAAUCUGAAAGGAUACAGCUGAGGAUAUUUAGUGUUCAUGUUACACACCCUACUGUUCUUCAUCGUUAGACAUUAUGUACUAGCUGUGAUCCGUGACUACAGUCCUACUACAGGUUGAUCUCCUGCUGUGGUCAGAGGCUACAUGGCUUCAGGUGUAGCAGAGGAAGACGAUGGAGGCAUUCCAUUGGACAUCGACAACGUGCACAUGCUCCUCCAAGUGGAGCAUGAACAGAUUCAGAAGAGGACAUUCACCAACUGGAUGAAUGCUCAACUUUCUAAGAGAUGCUCGCCCUCUUUUGUGUCCGACCUCUUCUCUGACUUCAGAGAUGGGUCUCAACUGCUUGACCUGUUGGAGGUGAUGAGUGGCCAACCUAUGAAAAGACAAAGGGGCCGUGGGGUCUUCCAGCAGAGGGCCAACAUUGAUACCGCACUGAACUUUCUAAAGAAGAAAUCUAUCAAGCUGGUGAACAUAAACAUCCCAGAUAUCAUAGAUGGACGUCCCUCCAUCAUCCUCGGACUCAUCUGGACCAUCAUCCUCCACUGUCAUAUUGAAGAGUUGGCCAGCACUCUGUCCUACAGCUCGUGCCACUCCUCUCUGGACUCUCUGUGCAGUCUGGACUCGCGGUCCAGCAGCCCGGCCCCCCCGCUCCCUGCGGGCCGGACGUCUCCGCUGCACAAGCGCUUCCGGAUAUCAGCCAAGAAGGCUCUGCUCAUGUGGGUCAGGGACCAAUGCCAAAAGGUCGGUUGCUCCAUCAGUGUGAAGAACUUUAAGUCGAGCUGGAGAAGUGGAGAGGUCUUCCUGGCCAUCCUGUGCUCUCUCAGACCGCAGCUGGCUGACCUCUCUCUGGUUCAGUCCAGGAGCAACCAGGAGAACCUGGAGGAGGCUUUCCACCUGGCCGAGAGGGAGCUCCACAUCCCCCGCCUGCUGGACCCCCAGGAUGUCGAUGUUCCAGACCCUGAUGAGAAGUCCAUAAUGACAUAUGUGGCCCAGUUUCUGCAGUACUCCAAUGACAUGCCGUCUCCGGAUGACCAUCUGCAGCUGUUUCCUGUGGUCCAGCCCUUUUCUCUCUCACCUGUCAACCUGCCUGCUCAAUUCACUCCAGCAGUGGCUGUUUCACCGUUACGCCAGGUCUCUCCAAGUGAGCGAGCGCUGGAGGUGACCUGCUGGCUGCAGCAAACCUAUGAUGAACUGUCCGAGGCACGGACAGCUACAGAGAAAUCAAGCUUUGCAGAAAAGUAUCAGGUGUUUCAGAACCUGUUUGGAUCCUUCGCUGAGCAAAGGAGACCAGUCAUGACCCUCCUCGCUGCCGUUAGACGCUGCCCUGAGCUCAGCCAAGAGCAGUGUGCUCUCAGGACAGCGUGGGAUCGUCUGGAAGCAGAGCUGCAGAGAUGUAAAGCAGACCUGGACUCCAGCCUUCCUCCUCCUCUGGACUCGGUCGUGGCGUGGCUGCAGCGUGCAGAGGAAGCGCUAACAGAAGAGGGAGGAGGCGUGAAAGAUCAUGCUGGCGCUGCUAAAGAAGCAAGAGCUCAACAAGACACGCAAAAGACUUUAAUCAAAGAGAUGAGCUACUACGUCAACAUUAUGGAUACCUACCGCAACGUGGACGGCUCGGGGAACAUAGUUGUGCCCCUUGAGAAUUUUGAUGAGAUAAAAAGACGAUUAACCAAUAUCCGAGUCACAGCUAAAUAUCAAGGGAUCAAACUGGAAUACCAGGAAUCCCGUCACACUGUUCUGGAUGUCCUGAGCCGCAUCAGUGCUAAGGUUCAGAUCUGGAAAGCUGCCUACAUUUCCCAGGAGGCAGUUCUUCAGCUUCUGCAGGACUGGCAUGAAACUGUUGAGCGCCAAGGCCUGCUUUUGAUUCUGAUGGAUUCUCUCCAAACCCUGAAGGAGAAGGCGAACAAUUACACCAGCAAGGCAGCGCUAGGUGAGGACUUCCAGCUUGUUGCUCGUCAGGUGAAGGAAGCAGAACAUGAAGUGGAACAGAUCACACAGCCUGUGACGGCUGUCAGAUGGACGAUGGAGAGAGUGGUGUCAGCGUGGGAGAUCUACAACAAGUGCCUCUCUUCUCUACAGACGUGGCUGGCACAGAAACACUCACCUGCCCAGUGUCCUGCAGCGGGGACGAAGGACAUGAGCGAGUGGACGUCAUGUCAAGCUAAGUUAAACGAAGCGGGGAACUUCCUCAUUGAAGUGACAGAAUCUACAACCAGCCGCACAAUGGCAGAGCAACUCAGCAAAGUUAACAUGCAGUGGGCUGAAUGCAUGAAGAGGACCAUGUUUGAAGUAUCAUCGGAGCCCAGUGUUGGUCCACCUUCUCUUCAAACGAUGCAUUCACUGACCCAGGAGGCCAGCUGGCUACUGAGGCAGCCGCUGGAGGUGGCCUCCGUCCCACUGAAGGCCGCCAGGCAGAAACUACAGGGACUGAGUAAGAAGAUGGCCGAGGUGGACCUUUCAUGCCUCAGUCCAUCCACAGAGUUGCAAACAAGCAACACAGUGAACCUCCAAAAAACUCUCCCACAGGUGCUUGCUGCAGCAGAGACGAACUGUGCAGAGCUGCAGCGGGCUGCGUCGGGGAUGGAGGGCCGUCUGGCUGAGCUGGACCGCUGGAGCUCAGAGGCUCUGGACUGGCACCAGCUCAGGGAGGACAGGAAGCACAGAGGGCGCUCUGCAUUGGAACCUGCAGCCAAAGUGCUGAUUUCUCGAGGGCCGCAGCUUGAGAAGCAGGUUGUAUCUGAGGGACAGGAUCUCCUGGAUCUUGUGGCACGAGUUCAGAAAACCUCUCCUCUACAGAACCUCAGCACCUCUGACCUGCAGGACAGGAUCUCAGAGGCAGUCUCCCACUGCCAGGAGAUUUUUGGAAUGUUUUGCUCUCUUGGGUUUCUGCAACCUGUUGAAACAUCCCGUAAGACUCCAGGAGAGCCAGAGGCAGGGUUAUUUGUUGUGGCCAGAACCAAACAUGUACACCAGAUUGGGAAUGUGAUGCUGCAAAACCAGGAGCCAGGUCUGGCUUCACCUGAGACUCCAUCUGUUACGCCUCAACCAAGGAUGACAGGUCUUCGAGGUUGGACCAAGAAUCAGCCUGCGAAUACAAAUGAUAAACCAACCAUUGUUAUAACUCAAGCUGAACCUGAACCUGUAUUCCAGUUAUUUUCUAAAUCCAGCACUCGAGUUUCAUGUCCAAGUCAAAAGGAUCAACCUCUACCUGCUAGGAUCCAAACUCCAGUCGGACCAAAAAGUCCAGUUCUGUCUAAAUAUGUGACGAGUCCAGACCCAGAGGAAAAGGAAAGCUCCUCUUCAUCAAAAAGUCAAACGUUGAAAACCAGAAUAAGAGGGCAGCCCAACCCUGCACAGAGUGAUACGACCUCUCCAAAGCCUCUGGUGAUGGUCCGCAGUGAAGUUCACUCCAGAGCGCAGUCGAUGGCGAGGAGCCGGCUGGAGAAGGCCCGGUCUCGCCUGCAGGGACGCAUCCAACAAGCCAUCAGGUUGUUUGGUGGCAGAGAGGUGUCCGUGUCCCAAGCCAAGAAGAAACAGAAAGCUUUAAAGACUCUGCAGCCUGCCAUCCUGGAUGAGUUCCUCAGUGCUGUGGAGUGUUUGGGGGCCUUUUGCACGGGGCCCCAGCUCCAGGACCUGAUGCUCCACUCAGACUCAGUCAGAAAGCAGUGGGAGGAUGUACGCAGAGAUAUGGCUGCCUUUGUUCCCAUCUUUUGGUGUCAGAUCAGAGAUGGACAUCAGUCAUUUUCUGCUGCGCAAUGUGAAACUCAAACUAACGCUCUGCACGUAACCACUGACCAGACUGACCAUGACUCUGUGUCGCAGCACCAGGUCGUCAUGGAUGGAGCUGCAUCUGAUGAGGUUGAAUCAUUACAAGAGCUGUGUGAGACACUAACACAGGGACAGUCCUUCUGCCAAGCAACCGACCAGCUCCAGGAGUCAGAUGAAGCUCAAGAAACACAAUCCAGUGACGCAGUGCUCACUUCUGACUGGGGACGGCAGCCCCGGGGAACCCCCCUGCUGAGAAUGUCGGCCGACACGCAGCACAGCAACCGUCAGACACAAAGCGUGGACAGACAACAACAAGACCUCUCACCUGUGUGUGGCUCUGUGACAGCGCAGCCUCAGGGUGAUAUCCUCCACCUGCGGGCUCAGGAUGUCCCGGCAGAGAGGGAGGGGGAACGUAGAAGCUGUGGGUUGGAGAAAAAACUGAAGUCUGCACUUAGAUCCAAAGAGCAGCCGCUGAAAGCUCGUCUGCUGCACUUCACAGAGAGCAGCCAGCAGACCCGGGCUCACAUACAGGCGGUUGUCAGGGGCGACACUGUGGAGACCAAGCAGGAGGCCGAGUGGACCGUCAUCCCAGAGACGGCCGCCUCACAACAGGAAGUGAUCUCCUCGGAACAGGAAGUACUGGAAAGGUACAGAAAGUCCUGCUCGGCUUUUCACUCUCAACUCCAGAAGAACAAAACACAUUUGGAGGAGUUUAUCCCAGACUCUGUCAGCUUUUCUACCCUGCAGGACCGAAAGAAGCUACAG